GACCGCCAGCCCCGCCGCCACCAUGAGCUCCCCUCCCCUGUCUCCGGGCCCCCUGCUCCUAACCAGAGCCACCUCCGAGUCCUGGGGCCAGCGGGAGGUGGGGAGCAUGCCGCCUGGGGUGGGUGAGCUCGGGGCUCGGGUGCCAUUGGAAUUUCCCGUUGUUGCGCAUGGCGGCGCGGCCCCCGGACCUGCAAGUGCCGCCUCCCUCCGGAGGUGCGCGGAGGCUUGGUGUGCCAGGUCCGAGCCUCCGUACUGGGUGCAAUGAAAGCUCCACGCAGGCCUUACCAUGGAAGGCUGUGACUCGCCCGUCGUCUCGGGGAAGGACAAUGGGUGCGGUAUCCCUCAGCACCAGCAAUGGACUGAACUCAACAGCACCCACCUCCCUGACAAACCCAGUAGCAUGGAGCAGUCCACAGGCGAGAACCACGGGUCCUUGGACAGCCUGAGGGCCCCCUUCAAUGAGCGCCUCGCGGAGAGCACCGCGUCGGCCGGGCCCCCCGCCGAGCCCGCCAGCAAGGAGGUCACCUGCAACGAAUGUUCGGCCUCCUUCGCCAGCCUCCAGACCUACAUGGAGCACCACUGCCCCAGCGCGCGCCCCCCGCCACCCCUGAGAGAGGAGAGCGCCAGCGACACCGGUGAGGAGGGGGACGAGGAGAGUGACGUGGAGAACCUGGCCGGGGAGAUCGUCUACCAGCCGGACGGCUCCGCGUACAUUGUGGAGAGCCUGAGCCAGCUGACCCAGGGCGGGGGCGCCUGUGGGAGUGGCAGUGGCAGUGGGCCUCUCCCCUCGCUUUUCCUGAACUCUCUCCCUGGCGUGGGGGGCAAGCAAGGGGACCCUUCGUGUGCUGCACCCGUGUACCCGCAGAUCAUCAACACUUUCCACAUAGCCUCAUCCUUCGGGAAAUGGUUUGAGGGCCCAGACCAGGCUUUCCCGAAUACCUCAGCCCUGGCGGGGCUCAGCCCCGUCCUGCACAGCUUCCGCGUGUUUGACGUGCGACACAAAAGCAACAAGGAUUACCUGAACAGCGACGGUUCUGCCAAAAGCUCCUGCGUAUCCAAAGAUGUUCCCAACAAUGUGGACCUGUCCAAAUUCGAUGGCUUUGUGCUCUAUGGCAAGAGGAAGCCCAUCCUGAUGUGUUUCUUGUGCAAACUCUCCUUUGGGUACGUCCGUUCGUUUGUGACCCACGCGGUGCAUGACCAUCGAAUGACCCUGAGCGAAGACGAGCGGAAAAUUCUUAGCAAUAAGAACAUCUCCGCUAUCAUCCAAGGGAUCGGCAAAGACAAGGAACCCCUUGUAAGUUUUCUGGAACCAAAAAACAAAAACUUUCAACACCCUUUAGUUUCCACAGCUAACCUCAUAGGCCCCGGACACAGUUUUUAUGGUAAAUUUAGUGGCAUUCGAAUGGAAGGGGAGGAAGCUCUCCCAGCGGGCUCCGCCGCUGGCCCCGAGCAGCCCCAGGCUGGUCUCUUGACCCCCAGCACCCUGUUGAACCUUGGCGGGCUCACCAGCUCGGUACUGAAGACCCCCAUUACCUCAGUCCCCCUGGGGCCUCUGGCUUCCAGUCCUACCAAAUCCUCAGAGGGCAAGGACUCUGGGGCGGCAGAAGGAGAGAAGCAGGAAGUGGGCGACGGGGAUUGCUUCUCUGAGAAGGUAGAGCCAGCCGAAGAGGAGGCGGAGGAGGAAGAGGAGGAGGAAGAGGCGGAGGAGGAGGAGGAAGAAGAGGAGGAGGAAGAAGAGGAGGAGGAAGACGAGGGUUGCAAAGGACUCUUUCCAAGCGAGUUGGAUGAGGAACUGGAGGACAGGCCCCAUGAGGAGCCUGGGGCCGCAGCAGGUAGUAGCAGCAAAAAGGACCUUGCUCUCUCAAACCAAAGCAUUUCUAACUCCCCCUUAAUGCCUAACGUGCUCCAGACCCUGUCGAGGGGCACAGCUUCUACUAGUUCUAAUUCUGCUUCUUCCUUUGUUGUCUUUGAUGGUGCGAACAGGAGGAAUCGUUUAAGCUUUAACAGUGAGGGCGUCAGGGCCAAUGUGGCAGAGGGCGGCAGGAGGCUGGACUUCGCUGACGAAAGUGCCAAUAAAGACAAUGCCACAGCACCAGAACCAAAUGAAAGCACAGAGGGUGACGAUGGGGGCUUCGUUCCCCAUCACCAGCACGCUGGCUCCCUCUGCGAGCUUGGGGUUGGGGAGUGCCCCUCGGGGAGUGGCGUGGAGUGCCCCAAAUGCGACACGGUCCUGGGCUCCUCCCGCUCGCUGGGCGGCCACAUGACCAUGAUGCAUUCUCGUAACUCGUGUAAGACACUCAAGUGCCCCAAGUGCAACUGGCACUAUAAGUACCAGCAGACCCUGGAGGCACACAUGAAGGAGAAGCACCCGGAGCCGGGGGGCUCCUGUGUCUACUGCAAAACCGGGCAGCCCCACCCCCGGCUGGCACGAGGCGAGAGCUACACGUGUGGUUACAAGCCUUUCCGCUGCGAGGUGUGUAACUACUCCACAACUACCAAAGGCAACCUCAGUAUUCAUAUGCAGUCCGACAAGCAUCUCAACAACAUGCAGAACCUGCAGAACGGAGGGGGGGAGCAGGUCUUCAGCCACACUGCCGGGGCGGCGGCGGCGGCGGCGGCGGCUGCGGCGGCGGCAGCCAAUAUCAGUAGCUCUUGCGGGGCCCCCUCGCCCACCAAACCAAAAACCAAACCCACUUGGCGGUGCGAGGUGUGUGAUUAUGAGACCAACGUGGCCAGGAACCUCCGCAUUCACAUGACCAGUGAGAAGCACAUGCAUAACAUGAUGUUACUGCAACAGAACAUGACCCAGAUCCAACACAACCGCCACCUGGGCCUCGGCAGCCUGCCCUCACCCGCCGAGGCCGAGCUCUACCAAUACUACCUGGCCCAGAACAUGAACCUGCCCAACCUGAAGAUGGACAGUGCUGCCUCGGACGCCCAGUUCAUGAUGAGCGGAUUCCAGCUGGAUCCCGCCGGGCCCAUGGCUGCCAUGACGCCUGCUCUAGUGGGCGGUGAGAUCCCCCUAGACAUGCGGCUCGGGGGCGGGCAGCUGGUGUCAGAGGAGCUGAUGAACCUUGGCGAGAGCUUCAUCCAGACCAAUGACCCGUCGCUGAAGCUCUUCCAGUGCGCCGUCUGCAACAAGUUCACGACGGACAACCUGGACAUGCUGGGCCUGCACAUGAACGUGGAGCGCAGCCUGUCGGAGGACGAGUGGAAGGCGGUGAUGGGGGACUCAUACCAGUGCAAGCUCUGCCGCUACAACACCCAGCUCAAGGCCAACUUCCAGCUGCACUGCAAGACAGACAAGCACGUGCAGAAGUACCAGCUGGUGGCCCACAUCAAGGAGGGCGGCAAGGCCAACGAGUGGAGGCUCAAGUGUGUGGCCAUCGGCAACCCCGUGCACCUCAAGUGCAACGCCUGUGACUACUACACCAACAGCCUGGAGAAGCUGCGGCUGCACACGGUCAACUCCAGGCACGAGGCCAGCCUGAAGUUGUACAAGCACCUGCAGCAGCAUGAGAGUGGUGUAGAAGGUGAGAGCUGCUACUACCACUGCGUUCUGUGCAACUACUCCACCAAGGCCAAACUCAACCUCAUCCAGCAUGUGCGCUCCAUGAAGCACCAGCGAAGCGAGAGCCUGCGAAAGCUGCAGCGGCUGCAGAAGGGCCUUCCAGAGGAGGACGAGGACCUGGGGCAGAUCUUCACCAUCCGCAGGUGCCCCUCCACGGACCCAGAAGAAGCCAUUGAAGAUGUUGAAGGACCCAGUGAAACAGCUGCUGAUCCAGAGGAGCUUGCUAAGGACCAAGAGGGCGGAGGCGAGAAAGACCAGGGCAAGUGGACAGCAUCGUCCAGCCAAGCAGAGAAGGAGCUGACAGAUUCUCCUGCAACCUCCAAACGCAUCUCCUUCCCAGGUAGCUCAGAGUCUCCCCUCUCUUCGAAGCGACCAAAAACAGCUGAGGAGAUCAAACCGGAGCAGAUGUACCAGUGUCCCUACUGCAAGUACAGUAAUGCCGACGUCAACCGGCUCCGGGUGCAUGCCAUGACGCAGCACUCGGUGCAACCCAUGCUUCGCUGCCCCCUGUGCCAGGACAUGCUCAACAACAAGAUCCACCUCCAGCUGCACCUCACCCACCUCCACAGCGUGGCACCUGACUGCGUGGAGAAGCUCAUUAUGACGGUGACCACCCCUGAGAUGGUGAUGCCAAGCAGCAUGUUCCUCCCAGCAGCUGUUCCAGAUCGAGAUGGGAAUUCCAAUUUGGAAGAGGCAGGAAAGCAGCCUGAAACCUCAGAGGAUCUGGGAAAGAACAUCUUGCCAUCCGCAAGCACAGAGCAAAGCGGAGAUUUGAAACCAUCCCCUGCUGACCCAGGCUCUGUGAGAGAAGACUCAGGCUUCAUCUGCUGGAAGAAGGGGUGCAACCAGGUUUUCAAAACUUCUGCUGCCCUUCAGACGCAUUUUAAUGAAGUGCAUGCCAAGAGGCCUCAGCUGCCGGUGUCAGAUCGCCAUGUGUACAAGUACCGCUGUAAUCAGUGUAGCCUGGCCUUCAAGACCAUUGAAAAGUUGCAGCUCCAUUCUCAGUACCAUGUGAUCAGAGCUGCCACCAUGUGCUGUCUUUGUCAGCGCAGUUUCCGAACUUUCCAGGCUCUGAAGAAGCACCUUGAGACAAGCCACCUGGAGCUGAGUGAGGCUGACAUCCAACAGCUUUAUGGUGGCCUGCUGGCCAAUGGGGACCUCCUGGCAAUGGGAGACCCCACUCUGGCUGAGGACCAUACCAUAAUUGUUGAGGAAGACAAGGAGGAAGAGAGUGACUUGGAAGAUAAACAGAGCCCAACGGGCAGUGACUCUGGGUCAGUACAAGAAGACUCGGGCUCAGAGCCAAAGAGAGCUCUGCCUUUCAGAAAAGGUCCCAAUUUUACUAUGGAAAAGUUCCUAGACCCUUCUCGCCCUUACAAGUGUACCGUCUGCAAGGAAUCUUUCACUCAAAAGAAUAUCCUGCUAGUACACUACAAUUCUGUCUCCCACCUGCAUAAGUUAAAGAGAGCCCUUCAAGAAUCAGCAACCGGUCAGCCAGAACCCACCAGCAGCCCAGACAACAAACCUUUUAAGUGUAACACUUGUAAUGUGGCCUACAGCCAGAGUUCCACUCUGGAGAUCCAUAUGAGGUCUGUGUUACAUCAAACCAAGGCCCGGGCAGCCAAGCUGGAGGCUGCAAGUGGCAGCAGCAAUGGGACUGGGAACAGCAGCAGUAUUUCCUUGAGCUCCUCCACGCCAAGUCCUGUGAGCACCAGUGGCAGUAACACCUUUACCACCUCCAAUCCAAGCAGUGUUGGCAUUGCUCCAAGCUCUAACUUACUAAGCCAAGUGCCCACUGAGAGUGUAGGGAUGCCACCCCUGGGGAAUCCUAUUGGUGCCAACAUUGCUUCCCCUUCAGAGCCCAAAGAGGCCAAUCGGAAGAAACUGGCAGAUAUGAUUGCAUCCAGGCAGCAGCAACAACAGCAGCAGCAACAGCAACAACAACAACAACAAGCACAAACGCUGGCCCAGGCCCAGGCUCAAGUUCAAGCUCACCUGCAGCAGGAGCUGCAGCAACAGGCUGCCCUGAUCCAGUCUCAGCUGUUUAACCCCACCCUCCUUCCUCACUUCCCCAUGACAACUGAGACCCUGCUGCAACUACAGCAGCAGCAGCACCUCCUCUUCCCUUUCUACAUCCCCAGUGCUGAGUUCCAGCUUAACCCCGAGGUGAGCUUGCCAGUGACCAGUGGGGCACUGACACUGACUGGGACAGGCCCAGGCCUGCUGGAAGAUCUGAAGGCUCAGGUUCAGGUCCCACAGCAGAGCCAUCAGCAGAUCUUGCCGCAGCAGCAGCAGAACCAACUCUCUAUAGCCCAGAGUCACUCUGCCCUCCUUCAGCCAAGCCAGCACCCCGAAAAGAAGAACAAAUUGGUCAUCAAAGAAAAGGAAAAAGAAAGCCAGAGAGAGAGGGACAGCGCCGAGGGGGGAGAGGGCAACACCGGUCCGAAGGAAACACUGCCAGAUGCCUUGAAGGCCAAAGAGAAGAAAGAGUUGGCACCAGGGGGUAGUUCUGAGCCUUCCAUGCUCCCUCCACGCAUUGCUUCAGAUGCCAGAGGGAACGCCACCAAGGCCCUGCUGGAGAACUUUGGCUUUGAGUUGGUCAUUCAGUAUAAUGAGAACAAGCAGAAGGUGCAGAAAAAGAAUGGGAAGACUGACCAGGGAGAGAACCUGGAAAAGCUCGAGUGUGACUCCUGCGGCAAGUUAUUUUCCAACAUCUUGAUUUUAAAGAGUCAUCAAGAGCACGUUCAUCAGAAUUACUUUCCUUUCAAACAGCUCGAGAGGUUUGCCAAACAGUACAGAGACCACUACGAUAAACUGUACCCACUGAGGCCCCAGACCCCAGAGCCACCACCACCUCCCCCUCCACCCCCUCCACCCCCACUUCCGGCAGCGCCGCCUCAGCCAGCGUCCACACCAGCCAUCCCCACAUCAGCCCCACCCAUCACCUCACCUACAAUUGCACCGGCCCAGCCAUCAGUGCCACUCACCCAGCUCUCCAUGCCGAUGGAGCUGCCCAUCUUCUCGCCGCUGAUGAUGCAGACGAUGCCGCUGCAGACCUUGCCGGCUCAGCUACCCCCGCAGCUGGGACCUGUGGAGCCUCUGCCUGCGGACCUGGCCCAACUCUACCAGCAUCAGCUCAAUCCAACCCUGCUCCAGCAGCAGAACAAGAGGCCUCGCACCAGGAUCACAGAUGAUCAGCUCCGAGUCUUGCGGCAAUAUUUUGACAUUAACAACUCCCCCAGUGAAGAGCAAAUCAAAGAGAUGGCAGACAAGUCCGGGUUGCCCCAGAAAGUGAUCAAGCACUGGUUCAGGAACACUCUCUUCAAAGAGAGGCAGCGUAACAAGGACUCCCCUUACAAUUUCAGUAAUCCUCCUAUCACCAGCCUGGAGGAGCUCAAGAUUGACUCCCGGCCCCCUUCGCCGGAACCUCCAAAGCAGGAGUACUGGGGAAGCAAGAGGUCUUCAAGAACAAGGUUUACGGACUACCAGCUGAGGGUCUUACAGGACUUCUUCGAUGCCAAUGCUUACCCAAAGGAUGAUGAAUUUGAGCAACUCUCUAAUUUACUGAACCUUCCAACCCGAGUUAUAGUGGUGUGGUUUCAGAAUGCCCGACAGAAGGCCAGGAAGAAUUAUGAGAAUCAGGGAGAGGGCAAAGAUGGAGAGCGGCGUGAGCUUACAAACGAUAGAUACAUUCGAACAAGCAACUUGAACUACCAGUGCAAAAAAUGUAGCCUGGUGUUUCAGCGCAUCUUUGAUCUCAUCAAGCACCAGAAGAAGCUGUGUUACAAGGAUGAGGAUGAGGAGGGGCAGGACGACAGCCAAAAUGAGGAUUCCAUGGAUGCCAUGGAAAUCCUGACGCCUACCAGCUCAUCCUGCAGUACCCCGAUGCCCUCACAGGCUUACAGCGCCCCAGCACCAUCAGCCAAUAAUACAGCUUCCUCCGCUUUCUUGCAGCUUACAGCGGAGGCUGAGGAACUGGCCACCUUCAAUUCAAAAACAGAGGCAGGCGAUGAGAAACCAAAGCUGGUGGAAGCUCCCAGUGCACAGCCAAACCAAACCCAAGAAAAGCAAGGACAACCAAAGCCAGAGCUGCAGCAGCAAGAGCAGCCCGAGCAGAAGACCAACACUCCCCAGCAGAAGCUCCCCCAGCUGGUGUCCCUGCCUUCGUUGCCACAGCCUCCUCCACAAGCGCCCCCUCCACAGUGCCCCUUACCCCAGUCGAGCCCCAGUCCUUCCCAGCUCUCCCACCUGCCCCUCAAGCCCCUCCACACAUCAACUCCUCAACAGCUUGCAAACCUACCUCCUCAGCUAAUCCCCUACCAGUGUGACCAGUGUAAGUUGGCAUUUCCGUCAUUUGAGCACUGGCAGGAGCAUCAGCAGCUCCACUUCCUGAGCGCGCAGAACCAGUUCAUCCACCCCCAGUUUUUGGACAGGUCCCUGGAUAUGCCUUUCAUGCUCUUUGAUCCCAGUAACCCACUCCUGGCCAGCCAGCUGCUCUCUGGGGCCAUACCUCAGAUUCCGGCAAGCUCAGCCACUUCUCCUUCAACUCCAACCUCCACAAUGAACACUCUCAAGAGGAAGCUGGAGGAAAAGGCCAGUGCAAGCCCUGGCGAAAACGACAGUGGGACAGGAGGAGAAGAGCCUCAGAGAGACAAGCGUUUGAGAACAACCAUCACACCGGAACAACUAGAAAUUCUCUACCAGAAGUAUCUACUGGAUUCCAAUCCGACUCGAAAGAUGUUGGAUCACAUUGCACACGAGGUGGGCUUGAAGAAACGUGUGGUACAAGUCUGGUUUCAGAACACCCGAGCUCGGGAAAGGAAAGGACAGUUCCGGGCUGUAGGCCCAGCGCAGGCCCACAGGAGAUGCCCUUUUUGCAGAGCGCUCUUCAAAGCCAAGACUGCUCUCGAGGCUCAUAUCCGGUCCCGUCACUGGCAUGAAGCCAAGAGAGCUGGCUACAACCUAACUCUGUCUGCGAUGCUCUUAGACUGUGAUGGGGGACUCCAGAUGAAAGGAGAUAUUUUUGACGGAACUAGCUUUUCCCACCUACCCCCAAGCAGUAGUGAUGGUCAGGGUGUCCCCCUCUCACCUGUGAGUAAAACCAUGGAAUUGUCACCCAGAACUCUUCUAAGCCCUUCCUCCAUUAAGGUGGAAGGGAUUGAAGACUUUGAAAGCCCCUCCAUGUCCUCAGUUAAUCUAAACUUUGACCAAACUAAGCUGGACAACGAUGACUGUUCCUCUGUCAACACAGCAAUCACAGAUACCACAACUGGAGACGAGGGCAACGCAGAUAACGACAGUGCAACGGGAAUAGCAACUGAAACCAAAUCCUCUUCUGCACCCAACGAAGGGUUGACCAAAGCGGCCAUGAUGGCAAUGUCUGAGUAUGAAGAUCGGUUGUCAUCUGGUCUGGUCAGCCCGGCCCCGAGCUUUUAUAGCAAGGAAUAUGACAAUGAAGGUACAGUGGACUACAGUGAAACCUCAAGCCUUGCAGAUCCCUGCUCCCCGAGUCCUGGUGCGAGUGGAUCUGCAGGCAAAUCUGGUGACAGCGGGGAUCGGCCUGGGCAGAAACGUUUUCGCACUCAAAUGACCAAUCUGCAGCUGAAGGUCCUCAAGUCAUGCUUUAAUGACUACAGGACACCCACUAUGCUAGAAUGUGAGGUCCUGGGCAAUGACAUUGGACUGCCAAAGAGAGUCGUUCAGGUCUGGUUCCAGAAUGCCCGGGCAAAAGAAAAGAAGUCCAAGUUAAGCAUGGCCAAGCAUUUUGGUAUAAACCAAACGAGUUAUGAGGGACCCAAAACAGAGUGCACUUUGUGUGGCAUCAAGUACAGCGCUCGGCUGUCUGUACGUGACCAUAUCUUUUCCCAACAGCAUAUCUCCAAAGUUAAAGACACCAUUGGAAGCCAGCUGGACAAGGAGAAAGAAUACUUUGACCCAGCCACCGUACGUCAGUUGAUGGCUCAACAAGAGUUGGACCGGAUUAAAAAGGCCAACGAGGUCCUUGGACUGGCAGCUCAGCAGCAAGGGAUGUUUGACAACACCCCUCUUCAGGCCCUUAACCUUCCUACAGCAUAUCCAGCGCUCCAGGGCAUUCCUCCUGUGUUGCUCCCGGGCCUCAACAGCCCCUCCUUGCCAGGCUUUACUCCAUCCAACACAGCUUUAACGUCUCCUAAGCCGAACUUGAUGGGUCUGCCCAGCACAACUGUUCCUUCCCCUGGCCUCCCCACUUCUGGAUUACCAAAUAAACCGUCCUCAGCGUCGCUGAGCUCCCCAACCCCAGCACAAGCCACCAUGGCCAUGGGCCCUCAGCAACCCCCCCAGCAGCAGCAGCAGCAGCAGCCACAGGUGCAGCAGCCUCCCCCGCCGCCAGCAGCCCAGCCGCCACCCACACCACAGCUCCCACUGCAACAGCAGCAGCAACGCAAGGACAAAGACAGUGAGAAAGUAAAGGAGAAGGAAAAGGCACACAAAGGGAAAGGGGAACCCCUGCCUGUCCCCAAGAAGGAGAAAGGAGAGGCCCCCACGGCAACUGCAGCCACGAUCUCAGCCCCGCUGCCCACCAUGGAGUAUGCGGUAGACCCUGCACAGCUGCAGGCCCUGCAGGCCGCGUUGACUUCGGACCCCACAGCAUUGCUCACAAGCCAGUUCCUUCCUUACUUUGUACCAGGCUUUUCUCCUUAUUAUGCUCCCCAGAUCCCUGGCGCCCUGCAGAGCGGGUACCUGCAGCCUAUGUAUGGCAUGGAAGGCCUGUUCCCAUACAGCCCUGCGCUGUCGCAGGCCCUGAUGGGGCUGUCCCCAGGCUCCCUACUGCAGCAGUACCAGCAAUACCAGCAGAGUCUGCAGGAGGCAAUUCAGCAGCAGCAGCAGCGGCAACUACAGCAGCAGCAGCCCAAAGCAAGCCAAACCCCAGUCCCCCCGGGGGCUGCUUCCCCAGACAAAGACCCUGCCAAAGAAUCCCCCAAACCAGAAGAACAGAAAAACACUCCCCGUGAGGUGUCCCCCCUCCUGCCGAAACUCCCUGAAGAGCCAGAAGCAGAAAGCAAAAGUGCGGACUCCCUCUACGACCCCUUCAUUGUUCCAAAGGUGCAGUACAAGUUGGUCUGCCGCAAGUGCCAGGCGGGCUUCGGCGACGAGGAGGCAGCGAGGAGCCACCUGAAGUCCCUCUGCUUCUUCGGCCAGUCUGUGGUGAACCUGCAAGAGAUGGUGCUUCACGUCCCCACCGGCGGCGGCGGCGGCGGCGGCAGUGGCGGCGGCGGCAGUGGCGGCGGCGGCGGCGGCUCGUACCACUGCCUGGCGUGCGAGAGCGCGCUCUGUGGGGAGGAAGCUCUGAGUCAACAUCUCGAGUCGGCCUUGCACAAACACAGAACAAUCACGAGAGCAGCAAGAAACGCCAAAGAGCACCCUAGUUUAUUACCUCACUCUGCCUGCUUCCCCGAUCCUAGCACCGCAUCUACCUCGCAGUCUGCCGCUCACUCAAACGACAGCCCCCCUCCCCCGUCGGCCGCCGCCCCCUCCUCCGCUUCCCCCCACGCCUCCAGGAAGUCUUGGCCGCAAGUGGUCUCCCGGGCUUCGGCAGCGAAGCCCCCUUCUUUUCCUCCUCUCUCCUCAUCUUCAACGGUUACCUCAAGUUCAUGCAGCACCUCAGGGGUUCAGCCCUCGAUGCCAACAGACGACUAUUCGGAGGAGUCUGACACGGAUCUCAGCCAAAAGUCCGACGGACCGGCGAGCCCGGUGGAGGGUCCCAAAGACCCCAGCUGCCCCAAGGACAGUGGUCUGACCAGUGUAGGAACGGACACCUUCAGAUUGUAAGCUUUGAAGAUGAACAAUACAAACAAAUGAAUUUAAAUACAAAAAUUAAUAACAAACCAAUUUCAAAAAUAGACUAACUGCAAUUCCAAAGCUUCUAACCAAAAAACAAAAAAAAAAAAAAAAAAAAGGAAAAAAAAGAAAAAGCGUGGGUUGUUUUCCCAUAUACCUAUCUAUGCCGGUGAUUUUACAUUCUUGUCUUUUUCUUUUCUUUUAAUAUUAAAAAAAAAAAAAAAAAAAAA